AUGAAUCGAGUAAUGGACUUAACGAAUCAGUCUGAUAAUAGAACUCGAGACUUGGCCAGGAAUCAACAAAUCACGGGUCAAGUGAUAGGUCAUCAUGUAUCCGGGAGUAACGAUAGUGGUGUUAGUGGACUGAAUAUAUCGAUAAAUAAUUUUCCUCGUGUGGAUCCAAUAAAUUAUAGUUCAACGGCUGAUCUUAUGGCAUAUCGUUUACAGCAUCUCCAUUUUGAACAAUCUGAAUCUGAUGACGUAAGAAAUACUAAUUGGUACAUCGAAGAUGAGAACAAGGAAAAUAUAUGUCCAAUUCUGCGACCAAAUCGUACUAAUAGGACUGGUACUUUCAGUUUGAGAGACAUGUUACCGCCUGAUUUGCCUCCUGUUAAUAUAGAAAACAUUUUACGAAUUUUUUCACAACCCAGACGACCUGAGAAUCAUAAUGAACAAGGAAGAGAAGCUUCUAUGUCACCCUUUUUGGCCGAACAUACGCUGCCGCGCUCUUCAGAUGUCACAUCUGAUUCUGUUUUGUCGGAUUCAUCGCUUCAUUCUCAUGCUUUUCCGUCAUUAUUAGAUUCUCAUCCCAUUCAUGCAACACCCAGGCACUCUCCAGUGCGACGCCGAGCAAGGACAUUAACGGAGGAAGUGGAAUUCGUGUCUUUAGAGGAUUUACCAGAAGUAAAUCCGUUUGGACCGAAUGGCACUCCACCACGAACACCCUCCCCCGAAUCGUUUACUGAAAUUCAUGGUGCUUCUGGAAGUCGGAAUUCGAAUGAAAUCCUCAUCAACGAGCAGAGAGAAAAUGAACGUACUGUAAUCAGUGCAGAUACGGCAAUAACUACAAAUUUUGUCACUCCACCCUCCCGACCUCCGCAGCCACCUGCGGCGCCGAGAAAAAAGAACAUGGAUAGGAAAUCUCUGAAGACUAUCGACAGUCCUUCAUUUUUUCCAGAAACUACAGCACGCAUAGGAAUAAGAAAAUCAUCACAUACUCUAAGGCUUGUGUCACCCCGCAAACACGGGUUGUUUCCUGCUCUUACUGAUACAAAAUGUGUGUCGUCCAUGAUACUUCGAUCAGCACUAAAGCCUCGUCGUUCAACACGUAUUAAAAGAAUGCCGAAUCGUUACAAGUAUACUUUCCAUCGUACUGACUUACGUAAGAAGAAAGAGCGUAACUUUUUCAAACAUUUUGCAAGGAAAAGAUAA